AAAACCUUUAACUGACAAGCAAGUUCCUGUCAACCGAGGUGUACUUAAGAGCAUUGCUGAUGGUCCAGAGAAGGAACUGGAAUCUCUGAUUGAGGUCUUGGCUUCUGACCUUGUGUUAGAUUUUUUUGUGUGUGUGGGUCAUGGGCCAGUUUCUACGACGACUGCUGUGGUAUGCGGCUGUGGUUGGCUCCACCGUGAACCCGCAGCGCACCGAAGACAACCGGCUGCCCGAGAUCACGGAUCAGGACUUCAUUUCACAGUGCGUCAGCUCUCACAACCGAUACCGCUCCGCCGUCGCCCCGGCCGCAAGGGACAUGUUUUACAUGACAUGGGAUGACGCACUGGCCAUAACCGCUAGAGCCUGGGCGAGGCACUGCAAAUUCAUCCAUAACCCCCGAUUAGAGACCCCGAGGGAGGUGCACCCCACUUUUAAUUCCGUGGGCGAAAAUAUCUGGGUCGGGGCGCCAUAUUCCACUUUCACAGUCGAGGGAGCAAUGAAGCUGUGGUGCGAUGAAGUGGCACACUAUGACUAUUCCUCUAACGGGUGCACAAACGUAUGUGGACAUUACACGCAGGUCGUUUGGGCCAAAAGUUAUAAAGUUGGCUGUGCAGUGCAAGCUUGUCCAAACGGAGUAGAGUUCACCAACUUUGCCGACCGCCCAGGAGCCAUAUUUGUGUGUAACUACGGAGAUGCAGGGAAUUAUGUGGGGGUCCAUCCUUUCAUAGCUGGACAAUCCUGCAGUGAAUGUGGUGGUGGAACGUGCGAGAACAAUCUCUGCCGCGACGCGAAACGAGACCAACUGAAACGGUAUGACUGGACUCCAAGCUGGGACCCAGGAGCCAGUACCCCGGGUACCAGUAUCCCAGGUACCAGUUCCCCGGGUGCCAGUUCCUCUGCCUCCUGUGGGUCGUACUGCCUGGGGGUGCUGAUCACCAGGCCCCUGUCUGUCUUCCUCAUAUUCAUAGGGGUUUACGGACUCCAGAUGCUCUACCCCAACAUUUUCUUCUACGAGUGACUUUCUGGCGAGAAAGGGUUGCGUAAAUAUAUAUAUAUGUAGUAUGUAAAAUUUUAAAUGCUACUGGUUAGACGAUGCUUUUACAUUUCAUGACAACGGUGUUCUUAAAACUUAACAGUUUCCUCAUCGAACAGAGCGGAAGUAGCCAUUUUGGUUCCAAGACCAGUUCCGUGGUCAACUCUGGUUAACCAUGCUGAAACCGAUCAGAUGUUCAUUUCGCCAAGUCACAUUACGACGUCAGACCUGCCAACCUUGGGAAAAUAUUUUGAGUACCACAAUAGUCAGUGUAAUGCUUAGUUCACAUGCUUUCGCACCACUUCACUUUGCACACAACAGUCUGCAAGAGAGACACACACCUUUCUUCAUAAUUCUAGUUUUGACUGUAGAAGUGAUCAGGCAAAAUUGUAUAACUUGACCUGAUUCUAAAAUAUCACUUGCACUGGGCUAUAUUAUGAUAUACUUGCAAGUCAAAAGUUUGAGUACACCUGCUUAAAACCAUUUUUUUCAUGAUUAAUAUUUCAUUAUAUGAUGUGUGCUUAUACAAACUGAUAACCAUAAGUGAAUUGCAUUUAAUUAUUUAAUAAAAAUUGAAAUAAUUUAUUUUGUAUAAUGUAACAUGUUUUCAUUUUCAAGUAUUUACAGAAACUUAUGUUGUAAUGUAAAAAAAAAAUUUUUUUUAAACUUAUGUUGUGAUGUAAAACACUGUCAGUUAUGAAUAAAACCAAGUUUCUGUUCAUGAUUUCCAUUUUUAUUUAAUAAUUAAAUAAUUGAAUCAGCUUAUAUAGGCACACAUUAUGAAAUGAAAAAGUUAAUGAAAAAAAAAUUCAAUUGAAAAAUUAUUUAGGAAUGUAGGCCUUUGUAACUAGAGGUUUAGCUAAAUUAUUACAAGAAGCUCCUUGGUGGCUAAUGUCAAAAUCAUAAAUGCACAAUGUGCAAAAUGCAUGGUGCGGAAGUUUUGCGGGGCGGAGGUACGGCCAUUGCUCCUGAUAUUUUGCUGCAACAGAGCUAAAUCGUGUGCGAGCUACUACUACGGCUAACUAUAUACACAAAUUUAUCUCAUUAGGAUAUACCUCUUGAAAUGCAUCAUCACGUAAAGUUACCGAACAAGUUUUAACGUUUUAUAUGUUAACAUUACGGUAACAUUUUUGUGCUUGAUUAUUACUCUCCCGCUUCUCAUUUUACCCCAGCAAUGCAGCGUUACGCCUCGGUGGAUAAUAAAGUACCGCUGUGUAUCAGUGGACGCUGAGUUAGUCGGGGAGGGGUUACAGAACCACAAGCACAAGGUCGUAGCAUCUGGUCCAAUCCGAGGGAUGUAGUUUAAAUACCGAAUAAAUGUACGGUAUUGUUUUGAAUUGAUUUAUUGUUUUCCGUAAUUAAAUUUGAAAAUACGCAAAAAAAAAUAUAUAUAUUCUGUUGGCAUUUCGUACAUGCGUAUUUUGACGAAGAACUGCGUGGUUGUUACACAAAAUGCGUGCAGGUUGGCAGGUCUGCAACGUUCUACAACUCAGAAUGUUUUUUUACGCUUGCCAACUGUGAUGUGGUUUGACGCUGCUCUGCUUCGAAAAAGUACACGGUUAAUAAAAUGCAUUAUGUAUUAUA